AACCGGCCGCGCGAUAUGCUCCUGUCGCGCGGCGCAGAGAAAGCGUCGUGCCCGGACCCGAUUAACGCGAAAAUAUCACCGAAGCGGUGGUGGGACGCGCUCAAAAAAAAAAUCAACACCGGUGUUGUCCCCGGACAGAGCGAUUAUAAAAACUCGGCGCGUGACGGUGUUUGGCAUCAGUCACAUCGUAGCCAAUCGUCCAGACAACAUCGCAGUGAAGUCACCAUGAAAUUCCUUAAGGCUUGUGUUGUCGGUUUGGCUUUAAUUGCCCACUGCGUGUCCGCCGAAGAUGCCAAAGCCGAUAACAAACAGAACAAGAGAAGCGUAGGCUUCUCCGGUCUGGCGUCCGGAUACUCAGCGUCGUCCUACGGCCUUUCCGGAUCGUCAUUCGGACUCAGCAGCGGAUACGGCAUUGGCAUCCCAUCCUACUCACCGGGCAUCGGUCUCGCCGCCCCAGCCGCUAGCUACGGAUACGCCGCCCCUGCCGCUAGCUACGGAUACGCCGCCCCUGCCGCUAGCUACGGAUUCGGAGCACCAGCUGGUCUUGGAUUCGCCGCCUCGUCCGGUUAUGGAAUCGCAGCCCCGGCCUACGGUUACGGCAUCUCAGCCGCCUCCGUGCCCACCAGAGUCAGUACGUCCAACCAUGUUGUGUCCGUGUCCGUGCCGCAGCCGUACGCAGUACCGGUGACCCGUCACGUUCCCGUGCCAGUCGCACAGCCCGUGCCAGUGUCCGUGCCCAGAGCCGUCCCGGUCAGCGUACCUCACCCAGUUCCAGUCACAGUCAACAGGCCGUACCCAGUUGAUGUCCCAAGGGCCGUCCCGGUUAGUGUACCACACCCAGUGCCAGUGCCAGUCACCAGACCAGUCCCAUACUCCGUGCCACAACCGUACCCAGUAGAAAUCCAACAACCCGUGCCAUAUUCCGUGCCAACCCCAGUCGUCGCACCAGCCCCAGCCGUAGCUAUCGCUGCACCAGCCCCAGCCGUAGCUAUCUCCGCACCAGCAUCCUACGCCGUGGCUGCUCCAGCUCCAGCCAUCAGCUACGCCGCUCCCGCAUCAGCUUCAUACGCCGUCGCUGCUGCCCCAGCUCCAGCUAUCAGUUACGCUGCCUCCGCACCUGCAUACGCAGCUGAAUCUUACGCCGCACCAGCAGCGGCCAGCAUCGCUUUGAGCGCCCCAUCUUACUCCUCCGCUUCUUACAGCGCGGCCGCCCCAUCAUACUCCUCCGCUUCUUACGGCGCAGCCGCCCCAUCAUACUCUUCCGCUUCUUAUAGCGCAGCCGCCCCGUCAUACUCUUCCGCUUCUUACAGCGCAGCCGCCCCGUCAUACUCUUCCUCGUCGUAUGGUGCUGCCUCACCGUCUUCUUACUCUUCCUCAUCAUACUCCUCGUCCGACUACUCUAGUGCACCGUCCAGCAGUGGAUACAGCUCGUCGUCCGGCAUCGGUUCCUCAUAUGGACCUCCAUCAACCAGCUACUCAAGCGGCAGCAGUGACUACAAGAAGUAUUAAAAAUAUUACAUACUCUUGAUGCGUUACAGUGUACAGACUGUAGAAAAUUAGUUAAGUUUUCAUAAUUUUUUUUUUUUUAUACUACUUGUUAAUGUUUUAUACCCUCAUAGCUUUCCAUCAUUUGUUAUAUUGGUUCAAAUAUCAUCUGUAUGAUAUUUUAAACCACAUUCAUCAUGUCAUUUUUGAAAACAAAUACAUUUAUUGUGACUGAAAAA